CACUGCUUUGAGCGUUCCUCACUUCACCAAGUCUGGUACAUGUCGACUUAGUCACUGUGCAUGGCGCUAAAGGUGGAUGAAAACCCACCCCUCAUUCUCUUUUCGACUGGACUGCGAAUCGGCUUCGAAACGACCGUAUCCAAGUAUACAUGAUGAUAACAGUGCCAGAAUUCUCGUGUCGAGAAGUCACGAAGCGACCCACAACGACGCGCGACCUGAUCGAGCGCUUCAAGGCUGUCGGCCCACAAACCGAACAUGGAAAAGCGCUUCAUGGUUUGGCGACACGCAUGCUCGACAUCUUCAAAGACGAAAAAAAGCCAUCGUACUCGAAUGAAGCAGCCCAGCUGUCAACGAUCUUGUCCGACACGGAGUCCGCGGGACUUCUGGAAGCGUUCAUCAAUGCCGUCAGCCGCGGCGCCAGCGACAAUGAGCUUGUUGACACCCGCUUGCUCAUGGAUCUGUGCUACGUUCUUCGAAACUCCAAGGAGAGUAUAUCGAAGCAGCACUUGCUGAAACCUUUACUCGCCAACCUCCACACGCGAAUCAAGAGUGCAGAUGGCGCCCUCGAGAAACAAUACCAACUUAUCUGUACCCUGGCAACGUUGCUUGACGCCAUGGUCGACAUCAAGAUAUCAGAUGUCAGCCGAGAAACCACACACGAGCCGCUUCUGAGUAAACUGAAGUCGCUUCGCAAUCAUCUGGAGCCUCGUCUGGCUCAGGCCGCUUGUUAUGCACAUGAAGCGUUGCGCGGGGUCCCGGACGAUGAAGGGCAAUGGCAGGCCCUCUGUCGCUAUAGCUGGAUGUUCCUGGAGCCUACUGCGAAGAUCGCAGGUGCAAUAUCCACCAUGGAUCCCACCAAGGCAAUCGAUGCGACAUCGGACAUAUUCAAACUGUUGGAGACUCUCAAAAGUGUCAUCGAAGCCGGCAGGGACGUGUACACCGCAUCGGAAUCGCUUCGGGACUUGUUUCUGCAGACUCUAGGCUAUUUGCCCAGGGAAAAGCUGUGGUACGGUGCACUCAGGUACAGUGGGUUACUGAUUGAGGAUCGUGCAUUGAAGACAUUGAAAGACCUUCUACCACGACUGGAUUGUCUAAGCAAUGAAUCUUUCUGGUGUGGUCUCUACGCUCAACUUGAGCAAAGCUGGAAGAAGCAUGAAGAAAUGAGAGACGGAAUUGAGACGUUCAUUGAGUGGACGCUAUACGACUUUCCGGUUCAAAAAAGCUGCCCGAGACAGACGGGAAAGGAAUUCCCAAGAUUCCAGUCUUGGAUUGCACUUGUCGCCAACACCCUUGGUAAGCUGGAUUGGAAGAAGGACCAGCCACCCUCAUCUUGGAGACGUCGCAUUUUUAAGAAGACCGAAUAUAUGCCCACGCUGGAGAUCUUUUGUAAGUUGGAACAACCGGAUGGUCUCAGCCACGCCGGUCUUCUUGACAAAGCCUGGUCCAAAUGCGAGAAGGCGCAAGCAUUCUUUGCGCAGGUGGCCGCAGCGGAGCAUUACACGAAGGGGAAGCGUCUGGAGAUCACGCGAGUUUCUGGGGCCCUACUUCCGAUGGAACGGUGCUACAUCAAUCUGGCGAUCAUAGAAUCUGUGGCGAAGGAUGGGAAGUCUCUCGAUCCGAUGGCCCAACGACAAGCUGAACUUUCAUUGUUCAAGCAGCUCAAGGUUGCACGGCCCGAGAGAGAGAAAGAAUUAUGUUUGGAGGAGCUGUUCAAUCCGCGGACCCUACGUAAUGGCACGUCCAAUCGGCCAAAACGAGUCUUGAUCCGAGGGCGAGCUGGGGUUGGAAAGACUACCCUGUGCAAAAAGAUAAUGCACGAAUUUCACCACAACAACAUGUGGAAAAGCCAUUUCAAGCAUAUCUUCUGGGUUCCUCUUCGAAGACUCAAAGGCCAAGCGAAUUUGGAGGGAUACUUGAAACAGGAGUAUUUCCUGCUGGAUAACGACAAGGAGAUUCUAGUCCAGGCUCUCCUGAGAGUUGUGCUGGACCAAAGAAGAACCCUCCUCAUAUUGGACGGCCUCGACGAGAUUGUGGGGGAGAGCAGCAUAUCUGGAGAUGAAGUGACUCAAGUCUUCAAGGAGCUGUUUGCUCGUGAGAAUAUAAUUGUUACUUCAAGGCCGUAUGCUGCGGUUCCUGCCGGUGGGGAAGCAUUUGACCUGGAGUUGGAGACUAUCGGAUUUCGCCCCCAAGAAGUCAAGGAAUACAUCCGGAGUGUCGUUGACCCCGAGUCAAGUGAGAACAUCGAGCAAUUCAUCGAGCGAUAUCCGAUCAUACAAGGACUGGUUCAAAUUCCGAUCCAACUGGACGCACUUUGCUUCGGAUGGGAUACUAAAGAUGGUGAUUUCCUACCCGAUACUCAGAAGACAAUGACUACUCUGUAUCAGGCAAUCGAAAAGAAAUUGUGGCGGAAGGACACGCAACAGUUGCUCGGAAAGAGUCCCUACGAAGCCCGGCAAUAUCGUGAAUUAGGACAGAUCAAGAAGGAAUUGGCUGCCGAAGUCGAGGCGAUCGAAACAUUGGGAUUCUACGGUCUUGUUGAAAAUAUUAUCGAGUUUCAACCUGGGCACCUAAAAGCUCUCUACACCCAGUUUCCGCAGCUGAAUGAUGGGCAUCUGAGCAAGAUGUCCUUUUUGCGAACUUCCGAUACAUCCUCUGAUGAUAUGAAAAACUAUCACUUCCUCCAUCUCACCUUCCAGGAAUUCUUCGCUGCGCAGUAUUUUGUCCGAUUUUGGAUCGAUGAGAAGGCAAUACCGUUGGCCACCAUUUCUUCCAAUGGAGUUAUCAGAACUACAGAUAUCGUCCCAGAGCAAUUCCUCCGGCGGGAAAAGUACGCACCACGGUACAACAUCAUGUGGCGAUUUGUGGCCGGGCUGCUGUCUGUCACAAACAGAGGGAAGCUAGUGGAUUUCAUGAAAGCAUUGGAAAGUGAACCGCGUGACGUCUUCGGCCCUGCCCAUCUGCGGAUUCUUAUGCACUGCUUUAGUGAAGUGGGCUUAACGGAUAACGAUGAAGCACUGGGACAUUUACACGCGGAUGUCGAAAGGCGGUUGCUGCGACUGUUCCUGACCAUAGUUCCUAACCCGUAUACCCGCUAUGCCUCGCUGGCGAAGGAGAUGGAAUUUCCGGAGCGUCUAAUCGAGGACGCCCUUCGCCUCCGACCUUCCGAUUAUGAUGAUUUUGGAUUCUAUUCUGACUUUCUCCGUGAGCGCUUCAGAUCGUCCACUCUUCCUCGGGGACUGGUCGAAUGUCUCAUUUCCAGCCUACAUUCGUAUCUUCCGUUCAUAGUUGGGCAUUUCCACAAGUCUUUUCCAACACUUGCUUUGGAUUAUGUACAAUGUCCGGACUCGUGGCAAGGGAGGAAAUUUUACUGGGGUUUGAUCCAUCGGCCGCGGGAGUCUGAGAGCCUUCCAGAAGGUAUUGCCAACGGGGUGAUACAGAAUGCCGACGGAAAUAAAUUUGUGCCUGUGGUUAUCUUGUCAAGGGAUCCGGCCCUUUCGAUUGAUGCCCGUACAUUUGUUCUCUCAAGGCUCCUUGAUAUUAGUAUCCCACUUCGCAGUCUCAGAGAUGUGAAGAAAGGAUAUUACCUCCCUGCUCAAGAAACACUGCUUUCACUCUUGAAUCAUGACGAGUUUGAGAUGAGAAUGCGUGGAGCUUGUCUCUCAGCAUUGUACAGUCACCUCGAUGUCAGUGUGCUGGAAAGACUACUCAGUUUGGCGGAAUCUGAAUAUGACACCUCGGACGUACAUAGGUGGAUUGCCGAGGCGCUCAUCAAUCAGCAAACAUUACCCAACUCGGUCUUACAGCAGGCAUUGGACUUUUGCCGCAGGGAAAACUUCGCGGACGACAUCCGUCUUAUGCCCAGUUGUACCAUCCUCGUCAAGAACUCUUUGUUGCAAGAUCAAGACUACGAAGCCUUAUUCUCGAACGGUAGCUGGCAAUUAUGCCUUGAAAAAUGUCGAGAUUCACUCUCUGGUCUCUUGCAUAGAUUCACAGAUCAAGUCCUCGCUCUUUUACAUAGCAACGACAGCUCUGUUGUUGAUCGUGCGCUGCGGAGUAUGAGAUCGUUGAAUGACUUACCGGAGCAGAUUGUUGAAUCCUUGGUAACAAUAGUCAUGCAUGACACAUUUCAUGCUAGAAUGAUGGCAGUGGGUGUUCUGUCAAGGGUUGAGAUCCCUGCCAAUCAAGCUCGCAGUAUAGUGGCUGCUGUUUCCGGACGCGAAUGGGUUGUCGUGUUCCAAAGCUCCCGAAUGAUCCCAGGGGAUGUUCUCAAGUUGUUACUUCCGCACGUGGACACAAAUGUGUCCCGUCGACAAUACGACCCUGUCAUCGCAAUUCUGCGCAAUCAAAUCGACCUCCCAACAACCAUCAUUGAAGACCUGCUUUCCUCAAUGGAAAGCGACUCAGCACCGGAAGGGGCAGCGAAUGCGGCAGAGCGCGUCUUGAGAGAUCGCGCCCAAUUCUAUUCAAUGUUACCAGGGCUCAGUCAGCGGGUCUGGCAAGUUUUCUUCGAAAUCUGGACUGUGAGAAGCAUCGAAGAAAACCUCAAUUUCUACGUUCUGGAUGAUGUGCUCUACAUCAUCAUGCCUGAGGGCUCCUGGAAAGUGAAGAUCGAUACUCCGGAAGUGAGGGAGAAGCUCGAGUGUGGGAUCAGGGCUGCUGAGCGAAGGCUCAGAACGCUUGAGGUUGAGUCGUGUCCUCCAGAUUUGCUGGGUGACUAGCUUCAGGCGCAAUUCCUCCAUCUGUUGUAGAAUUGUUGGAUGAUUAGACUUCCAAACUCUCGCGUGAACUACAAGCAAAUACGGGUUACAGCAAGACCGCAAUGAGUCCUUGCACAUGACUUGCAUGGUUCUGAACUGACCCGAUCGCAUCCAUGGGCGUAUGCAAAUCAACAGCUCAUGUACUUACUCUAUGGUGCUGUGAGUCAAUGUCCCGGGAGCGUUUUCCCCGUACCAGUGGGGACAAGAGUACUGUACAAGUCUGGGAGCUC